GAGGACAGGGAGGCUGAGGGAGAGGACAGGGAGGCUGAUCAAGAGGACAGUCAAGCUAAGGGAGAGGACAAGGAAGCUGAGGGAGAGGGCAGGAAGCCUGAGGCAACAGAGGGGGAGACUGGGGCAACAGAGGGGGAAACUGGGGCAACAGAGGGGGAGACUGGGGCAACCGAGGGGGAGACUGGGGCAACAGAGGGGGCAACAGAUGGAACAAUGGAAGCAGUACAGACAGUGAAGGAUGAACCAGUGCCCAGGGUUGUCGUAUUGGAUCUGCCUGGUAUUUCCGGAUGUGAUGAGAUCGACACCUUGGAAUGCCCUGAAUCAGCGAGUCCUCCAAUGAGCUGUGAGGAUCUGCAGAAGAUACUGGAGGAGCAAAUGCGGCAGCUACGAGAGUCGGGAACAGUGUUCACCGUGUUUCCAGGAAUGAAAUCAACUGUUGAGCCCAAGAAGGAGACAUGUGUGCCGGCGGACAAGAGCUUUCAUCCAUUCACUAUCGUAAGAGAUGUCUCACCCGCAGGCCUAGUACUCCCCACGCCGUCUAUAAUCUGUGGUCUGGAUCAGCUACCGAUAGCAUCUACUGCCGACAGAGAUUUGAAGCUGAAAACAGUGAUCCAGUCAUAUGCUGGCAUCCUCAAGGACACAGUGGUGGAUGAAUGCGUCACAGCAACAGUUAAAGUGGUGCUGCUUCCUGAUGAGCACGUCAUGACCCUGGCCUUUCCCAUCUGCUCCACCACGGGGAAACUCAAGGAGCGCUUCGGCAAGGAGCUGAAAAUACCACCACGGAUGCUGAAAUUAACGUACAAUUCCAAAACAGUCAACGAUUCCCAAACACUGGUGGACUUGGGAGUGCGACCCCACGGAGCAUUCCAGCUCGAAUUGUCAUCCAUCAGCCCCUUACACUUUCCCAUCAAGCCAAUCCGCCCUCAGCAGUUUUACACCUCGGAUAUCAUAACAGUCAGAGUCAUCAGAGCCGACAACACCUGCUGUGAAGUGGCCGUGGAGAUUGAAAGAGUUGCCUCGUUCAAGCCCUUCCUAGGCGGCUACAGGCACAAGCUGACAGGGCAGGAAUUCCACCACGCAGGGACACAGACUAGCAUGAAGAAGCGAGUGGAUGACGGUGUGGAAAGGUUCUGCAGGGAGACCCAGACGACUUUUGAGAAAAAUCGAGCCCAGCAGACGGCAAACAACACCUCCACACAGAUGACUAAGAUCGGCUGCUACGUUUCCAGCAUCACAGACAAACUCGUUUGUCCUGGUGUCUACAUGACGGCUACUGAGUUCCACGCGCGGCGUCUGAAAGCGAUAAUUGUGAUCCAGACGCAUACUCGGCGUUGGCUGGCUAAGUCCUUUGUCCAGGAGCUGAGAGUGCAGAGGGACAAAUGGCUGGAGUGGUCACGGCUGGAGGAUCAGCUCGCUCGACAGAAGAAGGUGGACUACCUGAAAGGGGAAUAUGAGAGACGGAUGAACCCCAAGACCAAAGAAGACUUUGAUCUGCUUUAUUACACCCUGCAAAGGUGGAAGGAGGAAGAGCUGGAUUAUAUAAACAGAACGCUGAGUGGCCCAGCUAGGAAAGCUGCUCUCUGCACUCUGCUGGAAAAAGAGGCCGAAUUGAUCUCAUCUAUCGGGCGUCACAAAAUCCGUGCUGUGAAGGAGUCAAAGCCACUGUUAAUCGAGAAGCUUUUGAAAAAGUGUGCAGAUCCGAUCCGGUGGAGGGCGUUUGAUGGGAGAAUCACUGAGAUGGACACACAGUUCACUCUGCGGGCCAAGGAGUUGCGAGAUAUUUACAAUACCAUCAACAUGAGGUACCUGACCCAAGACGAGAGGCUGGAUGCUCUUCUCACACUAAAGCAGACGGUCAUGGAGCAUAAUUGUAAAUUGACGCAGGAUAUUGUGGAGUUGAUUGACAGAGAGGCUGAUCUCCUUUUGCGGGAUGUGAAGGAAUGUAACCUGAAAGGGCUCCGGAAGAGAAUAUCCACCCUCUUUCUUCAGUACAUUAAAACCCCGAUGUUCAACCCUGAGAUUGCCAGGUUUCUUAAGAUUCCGCAGGACCCGAUGCAGCUGCGGAAGAGAAUUUACUACUGUGCGAGUUGUGCCAGUUAUUUACCAUCCACAGAGUUUGUGCUGUCCAUCACCUCGCGGAGCGUUGGGGCGUGCCGCAAGUGCAUCCGCCUGCACAACGAGGCUGGCAAGCGGGAGGAGUAUUCCAACUACAAGCUGAUGCUCACUGAGCUGAGGACCAUGGAGGCUGCCUACAGAGAUGGAGCCCAAGUGGCAUUCCUGGUGAAGCAACAAGAUUUGAAAUACCUGGUGGAAAAUAUCUGGGGCGGUCAGUCAACACUGAGCUCUGAGACAAACCUACAUGACCUGAUUCUGGUCAGGUGGGACCAAAAGAAGGAGUGGUCACCAUGGAACUGUAUGCUCCUCACAAAGGAAGAAGCCAAAGCUCAUUUUCUAUUGAAUGACAUUGAAAAGGACUACGAGCCCCCAUUCAUCCGCAAGAUGAAGCACCGUCACACUUUGGCCAAGAAAUAUUAUGCUCGAAUCCCCCAGAUCAGGAGUUAUGCUGAGAAUUGUUUGAUGCAAGACCUGACUCCCCAAGAGAAUGUGGUGUCGAGACCCAGCUCCUCCAUGCCGACGACUUAAACCCUCCUCUGUUCCUCAGUGUGGGACCUUGGCAACCUUAAGAAACUUUGGCAUCAAUGAACAAUUAUAUUUUCCUGAACUCCAGAGUUCCGUUACUCACCAACCCGGUGCUUUGCUGACUAGAAGCGUCUCCCUCACCCACCUUUGAAAUCUGUAUGUUGUGUCAUUCCUGGUCAAUCCUCCUCAGUUUCCCCUCCAGACUCACAAACGGCAACAUACUGACAUGUAACUUUGAUGUUUUCAAUGCUUGCCCAUGGUUUACAUUUGUUUCUCCCCUGCAGCGUUUUCCAACAAUCCAGUUGCAUUGAUCCGGUUGUGUGAUGUGGAGUGUCUUUUGUUGUUUGUUGGUGUGAUUGCAUG